AUGUCGGUUGAUGUGACAUCUAUACCACCUGCACCACCACCACCUGUACCACCACCACCACCACUACCACUACCUGUACCACCACCGUUAUCAUUACAUCAACCAACAUUGACUGUUGUAUGCUCUGUAGAAAAGGAUCGUUUACCAAAAUUGAAAAAAUUGGUGAAAACUGAUUUACACACAUAUCAAUUAUAUAAAGUUAUCGGUGAAAGUAGUAGCUAUGGUAUCGUUUAUGAAAGUGAAACUGAAGAUGGAUGGAUUAGUUAA